AUGGACGAUAAAGCUUACCUCCGACCUGGGACUUCGGAGGGUUUUGAGAAAGCACGAAAUCUAAGGAUCUUGACACUUACAGAUGAAGAAAAAGCGAGAAAGUUGCCAAAGUAUGAUUGGCAGGAAAAGAUGGUCUAUGUGACUCCCGGAUCACAUCGUAUUUUCACUAAGUCUAGCGUCAUGGCCGACAAUGAUGAGAAGCUUGUAACUGAGGAUGAUCGGCACCACGUGAUCGUUCGGCCGAAGGCAAUAGUUGGAUCUUCAGGGAGUGUCUGGGCAAGCGAAACAAUUCGCUUGCGACACGAGGAUCCAGCAGCUUUUGAAGUUGAAAAGACAGAAACAAACGCUGAACAUUCUCUUGGAUUUCGCAAAUGCUGCGCUAGAUUGCACGAUGACCUAUUUUUGUACUAUGACAUGACAGAGUCGGACGACUUAAACAAAAUUACCGAAGAGCAUAACUGUAAAUUUUACGCCUAUGAAAAGCAAAGAGCAGGUCAUCUAAAACUAAGGCUGGAAAAAAUGCUGCAGUUGUCAGAGAAAACAGAAAUGUCUGACCACAAUAAGUCCCUGCUUGCCUGUCGUGUGAUUCCGACCAUCAAAGACAUUUUAAAUGCCAUUGACGAGGUAGCAAACAGUGAUGCUCCAGUUGACACCGCAGAAUCUAGAGUUCAAUCUGUUUUGAAAGUGAGCCGUCCUUGA